ACGAAUUUCAUUUAGUACCUAAAGUUAGGUACUUGUACCAUAGUAAGGAUUUAACAUUUUGACUCAGGCCGGGCAACAACGACAAACUCUAUUUGUAAGGCUACCACAAUCUGACAUUCUGUUAUAACAAUACCUAAUAAUUCAGGGACCUAACAAAAGUAUAAAGGAAAGAAUAUCCUUGAACCCAUUAUUUUAUGCUUCAAUCCCGCAACUUAAAAAAACCCGGGUAUACCUAGGUAGCGGGCAGCCAAUGCCUCCUCCUCGUCCUCACAAUUGUAAAUACACUCACCACCUCAUAUCAUCAAGGCGUCUCAUAUCUCCACGUGCCGCUACCUUCACGAAUCCACUACCAAAAUUUAUUCUACGCACAGAAUCUCAUAGAGUAUACCACUCUCUUGUUUUUCACGGGAAGAAGGCUCAUUUUAGCGGAUUACCCAAGUCGGGUUUACCCUCUAGUUCUACCACUCUUCAACGUCAACAAUCAACCAUGGCGACUCCCCAAGUGCCCUACCGUGACCAAGACCCCAAAGCGGUAGCGAACCUGGUUGCCGCUCUGAGCAAUAAGUCCAGAAUUAAAACUAAGAAAACUACAUUUGAUGUCAAGGGAUCGCCUGAUGGCUUCACCGUUGACUCCUGGCGCUUGAACGACUGGGACUACAAGAAGAGAAACCUUCCCACUUAUGCUAGGGGUCUCUUCACCACCAAGAAUCGCAAAGGAGAGCAUGAGAUUGCAAUCCGGGGUUAUGAUAAGUUUUUCAACACUGGCGAGGUCACCGAAACGAAAUGGGAUAAUAUCUUAACGAAAACCCAAGGCCCAUAUGAGCUCACUCUGAAGGAGAACGGCUGCAUCAUCUUUAUUAGCGGUCUUGAAGACGGAUCCCUGCUUAUCUGCAGCAAACAUUCCACUGGAGACCGUAGCGAUGUCGAAGUGAGCCACGCCAGCGCGGGUGAACGAUGGGUUGACAAACAGCUCGCUACUAUCGGCAAGACUCGACAAGAAUUCGCCCAGGAGCUGAGGAAACGAAAUGUGACCGCCGUGGCGGAGCUAUGUGACGACGAAUUUGAGGAGCACAUCCUUGCUUACGGCCCUGACAAGGCCGGCCUGUACCUCCAUGGAAUUAACGUCAACGUUCCCGAGUUCGUAACCUAUUCCGGCACUCUUGUCCAACAGUUCGCCGACGAAUGGGGUUUCCGCAAAGUCAGUCUUAAGACUUUUGACGAUGCUAACUCUGUCAAAUCCUUUUUAGAGGCAGUUGCAGAGUCGGGAGCGCAUGAAGGUCGAGAUGUUGAGGGUUUCGUCAUUCGUUGCAAAAUGUCUCCCAAUCCUAGCGAGCUACCAUAUGGAGAUUGGUUUUUCAAAUUCAAAUUCGAGGAGCCAUACUUGUUAUACAGGCAGUGGCGGGAAUGCACUAAGGCCCUAAUCGCAGGCAAGCCCCCGAAAUUCAAGAAGCACGUCAAGAUUACCCAAGAAUACCUAGGGUACGCCCGCCAGAGGCUUGCUGCAGACCCUAACAUGGCGAAAGCCUAUAAUCAGAACCAUGGAAUCAUUGCUCUUCGCGACGAUUUCUUGGCCUUUAAGCAUAUGAAGGGCUCAGAAGCUGCUAAUAUCGAGAACGAGUCCGAAGGCAACGAGCUGGCAUCCGUCUCCCGCGACGUCGUCCUCGUGCCUAUCGCCACUAUCGGCUGUGGAAAGACCACUGUUGGUAUUGCCCUGACACAUUUGUUUGGUUGGGGUAUUAUCCAGAACGAUAAUAUUACAGGCAAGCAGCGGCCGGUAAAGAUGGUACAGUCCGUUUUGGCGCUUCUCAAUGAUCAUCCUGCCGUUAUAGCGGACCGGAACAAUUCGGCGCGUCGGGAGCGAGAACAAAUUAUUAAAGACAUCAAGCUACAACAUAAUGGAGCACGUCUCGUUGCUCUCAAUUACGUCCACGGCAAUAUUGACGAUAUUCGGAAAGUGACUAGGGAACGCGUAUUAAACCGUGGAGAUAACCACCAGACUAUCCAAGCCGCUUCGGAGGAGUCAAAGGUUAUUGGAAUCAUGGAGAACUUUAUCGAAAGAUUUGAGCCUUGCGAUCCCGAACGUAGUCCUGAUGAUGGGUUUGACUUGGUCGUCGACCUAGAUCCUACGCUGGAUAGCCGUGCUAAUGUAGAGACGGUUGUCAGGGAGCUACAUCGGAAAUUUCCAUCGCUAGUCCCUAAUAUCCCUACCGACGAACAGCUAGACGAGGCUGUCAAGGCUGCUAUUGAAGAUUACAAGCCCGACUUGAGGCAUAUCAUCCCCGACCGAAGCAGGAAACAAGGUAAAAAACAGGCUCAGCAGACAAAGAAUCAAGAAUCACAACCCCCAAAGAAGAAGCCUUUAGAAUACAUGUCUAUCUCUGUUCACGCUCAAGAUAUUAAGGUAGCUCUCGAGUCUGCCUUCAAAGGCACAGAUCCGGAGACACAGCGGUUCUACAGGCAGCUACAGCAGACCCGGCGCGUCCAGGCUCUAUUCCACGUAACGCUGAUGCACCGCGUGGGGGCUAAGCAGCAUCCUGAAUUAUGGAAUAAGUACACGUCGCUGCAUGCUGAAAAUCAGGAUCCGGAUGGGAAGUUAGGGGAGUGCAAUAUCCAGCUAGAGCGCGUCGUAUAUGACGAUCGCAUCAUGGCUAUAGUUGUGCGCAUCCUUGAUGAAGAGGAGAAAUGGACCUGCGUCAAUAAGGUACCCCACAUAACGGUCGGGACACGCGAUGACACGGUAAAACCCAAGGAAAGCAACGACCUACUCCAGCGGUGGCUCGAGGUUGGUAGCGGACCUGACACAGGUAUCGGCGAACGGGUCAUCGAGGGCAAUACCAUAAUUAAGGGGAGCGUCCGUGGCGUUCUGUCGAGGUAGGAUCUCUGGGAGCAGCCAUUUUCAGGGCUUCGAGAGUCCCAGCGAAAUCAGGGGAGAGGUGGUAGUUCCCGUGGCGGAAGAGGUGCUCGUUCUGGUGGACAAAUGGAGGAAACAAAGGCAAGUGGGCGGGGAGAGGUAAGGGUAAAGGCAAAGGCAAAGGUAAAGGGAGAGAAAAUGGCGGACAUGGUACGCAAGAGCGAUGUUAUACCGCAAAACAUGAUAUUCCAGAGUUGAAAAAGUACCCAUUAUUGUACCCGCAUGUCGUAUAUCUGGAUUGUGCUCUAUUAUUUUCACGAAUAUUGGGACCGUUAGGUAUUUGUAUAGAAAGUAGCGUCUUAACAAUUGAUGAAUGCUGCUCAGAGUGUUUCAUCAGAAAUCUCAUGUGAAAUAGAAGUCUUGCGUAUUGCACGCAGAACACAUG